GGCCUGGCCAAGCGGAUUAACGCUGCACGCGCUUCGCCGAAUUCCUGCUGGGCUUUAGCUCCCGAACCGCUGCAGAAACUGGGUGAGAAACAAGCGCUUCGGGCUGAGCCCGGAGCUGCGCGUCCUCUGGGCUCAUCAAUAUGAAUUGCGACGACGCGCGUCGGUUCCAGCCCGGCUGCCGAGAAGAGAUGCCGGGACUCCGGGGCUCGGUGGAUUGUCCCAACCUGGAGUUCGAAUACGGCGAUGCCGACGGCCACGGCGCCGAGUUAGCAGAGCUGUACAGCUACACCGAGGAGCCCGAGCUCAGCACCAACAGGAGAUGCUUCGAGGAGGAUUUUCACGCUCAAGCGCAGGGCAGGAGGUGGCUGGAGCUGGACGGGGCUCAGCACAAAGCCUACGUGAUGCGCCUGCUGGACGCGCUGGAGGUGGUCAACAGGGACAAGAGGCUCAAAGUAGCACGGGCCAUCCUCUACCUGGCCCAGGGUGUCUUUGGAGACUGUGAUAACGAUGGCGAUGUCCUGCACUGGUCUCGGCACAACAGCUUCCUCCUGUACCGCCUGGGAACCUUCACCGCCUUGCUGGAGCUCCUCAACAUGGAGAUUGACAACAGCCAGGCCUGCAGCAGCGCGCUGAGGAAACCGGCCAUCUCGCUGGCCGACAGCACCGAGCUCAGGGUGCUGCUCAGCGUGAUGUACCUGAUGGUGGAGAACAUCCGUGUGGAGCAGGAGGAGGAUCCCCCCGAGUGGAAAACCUACCGGGAGACCUUCAGGAUGGAGCUGAGUUUCCCUGUGCACACUGAUGAGCCGUUUGCUCUUCUGCUCUUCACGAUGGUGACCAAGUUCUGCAGUGGCCACGCUCCACACUUCCCCAUGAAGAAGGUCCUGCUCCUGCUCUGGAAGGUGCUUCUGUUCACGCUGGGCGGAUUCGAAGCCCUGCAGGCCAUGAAGGUGCGGAGGCGCGAGGAGCUGGGGCUGCCGCCGCUGCCGGAGGACAGCAUCCAGGUGAUGCGCAGCAUGCGCGCCGCCUCGCCGCCCACCUACUCCAUCGAGCUGGUGGAGCAGCAGCAGCAGCAGAAGCGUGGGCACCGCAGCCGCAGGCCCCUGGUGAAGCAAGACAGCUUGGAUAUCUACAACGAGAGAGACCCCUUCAAGAAUGACGAAGCAGGAGUUGACGAAGAGGAGAACGAUGACGUGGACAGCGGGAUCGAGGGGGAACUGGACCUGAUGGAGCGGGAUGCAAUUAUCCCCACCGUUCCUGCUCAGCACCCGCCUAUUGAAAGGGUGUCGUUCCCCAAAGGGCUCCCCUGGGCCCCAAAAGUCAGGCAGAAAGACAUCGAGCAUUUCCUGGAAGCGAGCAGGAACAAAUUCAUCGGCUUCACGCUGGGACAAGACACCGAAACCCUGAUAGGGCUGCCCCGGCCCAUCCAUGAGAGCGUGAAGACACUGAAGCAGCACAAGUACGUUUCCAUCUCAGACGUCCAGAUCAAGAAUGAGGAGGAGCUGGAGAAGUGUCCCAUGUCUCUGGGGGAAGAGGAAGUCCAAGAAACCCCUUGUGAGGUCUUGUAUCGAGCAAUGUUGUACAACCUCCCCCAGUAUAUGAUCGCUUUGCUGAAGAUCCUCCUUGCUGCAGCGCCCACCUCCAAAGCCAAGACCGACUCCAUCAACAUCCUGGCGGACGUGUUGCCUGAAGAGAUGCCCGUCACCGUCCUCCAGAGCAUGAAACUGGGGAUCGACGUGAACAGACACAAGGAGAUCAUCGUGAAGAGCAUCUCGGCUACGCUGCUGCUGCUCCUCAAGCACUUCAAGCUGAACCACAUCUACCAGUUUGAGUACGUGUCCCAACAUUUGGUGUUCGCCAACUGCAUCCCGCUGAUCCUGAAGUUCUUCAACCAAAACAUCAUGUCUUAUAUCACUGCCAAAAACAGCAUCUCCGUCCUGGAUUAUCCGCACUGCACGGUCUAUGAUUUGCCCGAGCUCACUGCGGAAAGCCUGGAAGCCGGAGACAACAACCAGUUCUGCUGGAGGAAUUUGUUUUCCUGCAUUAACCUGCUGAGGAUCCUCAACAAGCUGACCAAGUGGAAGCACUCGAGGACGAUGAUGCUGGUGGUGUUUAAGUCGGCCCCGAUCCUGAAGCGAGCUCUGAAGGUGAAGCAGGCCAUGAUGCAGCUCUACGUCCUCAAACUGCUCAAAAUCCAGACCAAAUACCUGGGGCGCCAGUGGAGAAAGAGCAACAUGAAAACCAUGUCCGCCAUUUACCAGAAGGUGCGGCACCGCAUGAACGACGAUUGGGCCUACGGCAACGAUAUCGACGCCAGACCGUGGGAUUUCCAGGCUGAGGAAUGCACCCUGAGAGCCAACAUCGAGGCCUUCAACAGCCGCCGCUACGACAGACCUCGGGACUCGGAGUUCGCGCCGGUGGACAACUGCCUGCAGAGCGUGCUGGGCCAGCGGCUGGAGCUCCCCGAGGAUUUCCGCUAUUCCUACGAGCUCUGGCUGGAGCGGGAGGUGUUUUCCCAGCCCAUUCGCUGGGAGGAGCUGCUGCAGUACCAGUGAGAGCGACACCUUCGCCUGCCGCUGCUCCCGCCGCGAUAAAGACUCAAGGUGCUACAGACAGAAGAUUCCUUGGCAUCUGGGUGUUCUUAAGCAUGGCUGGAAGAAAAAUACUGGUCCAAGGAGAGAAAAUGUCUUUAUAUCAACCCUGCGCAUUCAACUUUUUGGAGGUCACCCCUUCCCUGUGACUUCUUGGAGGCCAGAUUGUAUCAACAGACCUGCACAGAGGCCACGGACCAGGUUCCAGUGUCACACAAGCGGCAGUGACAAGAGCGAGCGUAUCUGGCGCAGGUCGAGCUCAGUGCCCACGUCUGUCUCUUGGCUCAGUCCGCACGUAUAAUUUUGUUGGAAGCGCAUCUCGCAAGGUUUUCCUCUCCCCCACAUGCCCUGCGCUGAAUUUGUUUCCAUUUAUUCCAUGGUGGCUGCUUGAUGAUGAGCUUCCAACACCCUCCUGCCACGAACAAGCUGCCCCGCUUCCCUAACGAAGCUGAAAAGAAGAAAUACGCGGCACAUUGUCAACCAGAGGUGGCCGGUUGACUUGGCCAAAGGAGGUGACGUUACCUCUUGUCCCUGGUAUCGCUGCUGGGAUUACACAACCCGUUGAGAUGCUCACCAAGGAUAAUAACCCAUAACCUUUUCACCGCCGCCCUUUCCACUCACCAUUUAUAUCAGAUUACAAUGAUGGGUAUGCUGUGUGGUCUUUACAGCUGUAGAAGAGGUUGAUUGCCACGUUUUUCUUCACCUGGUUGUUUCAGAAGGAUAAUUCCUGCAGCGUUGGGUUUCUUCAGUGCCCUUCAGCCCUCCUAAGCCUGGAGGAGACAGUAAAUGCCACAUUAAGUGACUUUUACACAGAUUUUUGGUUAUUUGGGAGAAUGUUGGUGUCAAGUCUUAAAGCAGGGGGGAAAAGUGCUUUGGGUAAUAACUUGAUGCCACCAUAUGAGGAAAAAGCAGAUGCUGUGGGCCUUGGCUUGCAGGAUGAAUAGUGUAUUAGGCUUUUGGCAAAGCAGCAUGUUAUUAAUAAUAUAGUGCAGGCAAGCACUUCGGCCGUGCUGUUAUCGAUAAAUCAAGCACGCGAGAGAUAAGAGCCCACGUAUGUGUUAUGACAGGAUUUGUGCUUAUUGCUGUGGAAUUGAACCCAGAACGUUUCCUUCACGUGGUUUGCCAAAGGCGUUCUUCAAAGAAACAGCGUCAGUAAACCCGCUCACCUUUCUCAAUGUGCUUCUGAGCAAAAUAAACCGGAGCGACUUUUAAAGCA